UACAGUCUGUACAACAACGUACGGUCGAGGCACCAGAGAUAUCGAUAUGGAACAACAAACCAUCCUUUGGAUGAUUAUGAUAGGAAUGACAUGUUUUGUUGUCUGUGAUGCUUUAACAGGGAACGAUAGUAGAAGGUUACUCAGGUAUGUGCACCAAAGACGUGUUUCCGAACCAUUCCAAAUAGUUAAUAUUACUCAACACUUAGAAAGGAACAAUCGGCUCCUUAAGUUGAUCAGGAAACGUCGAAUUAAUGACAAUAUACGUCGGGGAGUUCGGGGUACGUCAGAGCUUGAGGAUAUCAAUCACCUGCGCAUAAGGGGAAGGAGGGCAUCACGACCUACGACAGAACAAAGUCGUCAUCAGCCGGUGUUCGAUGCUAACAAACACAUAAAGAGGCAACGGGGAGAUAACCGUACAAUCUGUGAGCGGGUUAUUUGUCAUAUUGGUACCUAUGCAAAGCAUUGUGUAAAGAACUUCACAGCGGAUGUAUGCACCCCCUGUCCACCCGGUACUAACAUGUUUGAUGUCACGAAGUCGGAGCAGAGCGAGCUGGAGUGUCAACCGAUACACCACUGUCACCACUGGCCAGGUACAGUUCCCACAAGCGAGAUGCAUGCCUGUGCUGGGGACUAUCGAAUGCAGUGUAGGUGUGACACGGAAUCAGGUAUUUGUGGAUUAGAUCCCUGUAACUGCCAGAAGCGGAAAUGUCGACAUGAUGAAAUUCUCCUUCAAAACUGCACCUGUCAGCAAACAAUUGCGACAGUUAAAGUGCAAGUUACUAAAACUGAAGUGCCAGACAGUACGCCUGUCCCGUCACUGCAGCCUAUUAACACUACUGAAUCUCCUCCUCAAGUGACGACAGAAUCAACGGCUGAAUCAACGACUUCUACAGCUGCCCGGGUAAAAUCGACGACCGCUACAGCUACCGUGAAUGGUAACAGCGGCGACAAAGUGAGCUGGAAAACCGUGGGAACAACAAUAGGUAUACUCUGCCUAAUUGGAUUAGUAGUGGUAUUGGUAUUGGUCUUUGUAAUAUAUCACUAUCGGCAAAAAAUCCUUGAUGUAUUCAAUAGAUUUCAAUAUAGUCCGGUUCCAUUAGAAAAUUGAUUUAAGAAGAGUUGGCGCCAACGUUUUGAUUUCAACGGAAGAAGUAAAUAUACACAGCAUUAAAAUAUUCGUUCCACCAAUACCAUUAAUACAAUCAAUCUGACAUUACGACAUUUCUUUGAGGAUUCAUUUUCGUCGAGUAUAGAGUUUCAAAUGAACGUUUUCGACUUUCAAGUUAACAUUUUCGAGUUUCCAGUGGACAUAUUCGAAUGUUUGAGUUGACAUUUCUUCCGAGUUGCCAACCCUCCUACAGCCGUUAUAUGUUAAGGCUUGUUAAUACAUAAAGAAGCGACCUGUUAUAAAUAUACAUUAUUUUAUCAUUAUACCUUCUUUCUACAUUAACAUAAAGUAGGUAAAUCUGAAAUAGUCACUACCUGUCGUUCACCAAUGCAACGAUUAGAAAUGUGCUAUUCAGAGAGAGUGUUUUUCUCCUGUACUUUGCGAAUCUAUUUAUAAGGUCUAGAGCAUCAGACAUGACGUUUUAUUCGCAUACAGUCGUUUAUCAAAAAUAUAUGUGUAAAAUCUAAUAACUACAUUAUUGUAUUAGAUUUAGUACACCGGAUACAGAGGUGCUUAGGAAGAGAAUAUUAAAUUUGGAACAAUCAGAGAACAAAACCAGUUUAAAUAUUGACAAGCCGUAGAAUCAAAGAUAAAAUUAUCUGUGAUUACCUAGUUUGUUACUUAAAAUAUGUUGUAAACAUCAUACGGGACCACCUUGUACUAAUAAUAUCGCAGUAAUGUCACAGUGACCUACUUAUCAACUAUGUGCUACUUUUUUUCGGCCAUUAUUUAUUUGCAGCUUUUGUGUUACACAAUACAUCAAAAUUAUGAAGAAACUUUCAAUAGAUAAUAUGUAGUUUUGUCAAAAAGAGACCAUUUGUGAUUUUUGGUCGCUCAUUUAACCCCCUUAUAUUUCGAAAUGGUCUCCAAGCUGACCUUAAUUUCAUGUCAUAUCAUGAUGGCAUAACCCCUAGGUAUGUAUGUACAAAAAAUGAAACUUAUCGGUGAUAGACACCAAAAGGCCCAAAUUGGCACCCCUCCUUUCAGAAGUCCGUCCAUUUAUAUUUGUAUUGGUACAAUCACGUGUGUGUCUGACCAGCCUAUGCUAGAUUUCCUUGAUAGCCCCAGUUAUCUGUUUUGAGUAGUGACAGAAGUCAUAAUAAUGUAUACAUACUAUACAUAUCAUUAAUUUGAAAUUAACCAGUACUCCUGUUAUAUUUUAAAUUUACUGGAUUAAGGGGUUAACUACCACCCAAUAUGAUUCAACAGCAGUGUCGACAUUGUAUUACCAUCAUUAACAAUCCUAGACACGCCAGUGUGGUGCAAUAAAUGCUAAGUUCGUUUUAAACACAUACAUAAUUAAAGACUUGUUUUCUGAGCUUUCGAAAACGCCUCUUUUCCUUUGUCAAGCAAAGAAUGCAAGUGAUUAGAGUGCUAUUUCGCAAAAAGUCUAUAUAUUUUCUGCACUCUAAGAUUGCUAUUUUGCGAAAUGUCUCAGUAUAUUCCGACAGAUGAAUUAACUGACUCGGCACAUAGUGGCUUAGCGAGUUCGUUUUCAGCGGUUUAGAGUCGAGCCACCGGUCAGUUGUACUCUUUGCUUGCAAAGGAAACAGACGUUUUCGAAAGCUAGCAAAAUAAGUUGUCAAUUACUGUUUGUGUUCAACAGAAACUUAGCAUUUAGUAUUCCUACCAAACUGGUGCGUCGAAGUAUGGUGCAAUGAUAUUCAUUUUUGCUAUACUGUAUCUAUUACAAUGCUAAAGGUGCGAUCACCUGUGUGUGUACCGUACGUUCAUCUUUAUACAAAAUUAGUUUCAUUGUAAAAUCACAUAAUAGGUAUGGUUAAAGUUGACAGUGCAAGUUAAAAAGCUUUCAAAUGAGAUUAAAAACAAAGUUUAAAAAAAAAAAAAUUGAGAUCUUCCCGUUCCCUUUCGACUUUCCUUUCUAGGGAAGUGCCGACUUUUUAGUUUGUCUUUGUUUAAUCUCAAUUAAAAGCUUUUAAACUUGCACUGUCAGCUUUAUGUUAAUUUGUCAUCAAACAUUCCACUAAUGAGAAAUAGUUUCAAAUUGUAUUUUUAACGAAACAUAUAGCAUGGCAGAGGUGGGAUUCGAACCCACGCCUCAAUGAUACUGGUGCCUAAAACCAGCUCCUUAGACCGCUCUGUCAUGCUACCUUUAUGCAACAUAUGUGUAUUUUUCGUAAAGUUGGGAUUUCUUUAUCAUCAUCAUCGAAUUUAUAAUUGAAUAUGUGUACAUAUUUUUUUGUAAACUAUUUCGUGCCUACAUCAUAUACUACUUAAGUAACUAAUAAGCUAUUAAUGCAAUAAGGGUGUUUAUUUGUAAUAUCACAUUCCAUUACAGGUAUUGUAAGGGCCGACUAAGAAGCCCACUUGCAGAUUUGGUUUUUUUCUUCCCUUCUGCACCCUAUGCAUAACACUUGCAGAAUCUGUUUUUUUUCUGGAUCAUAUGCAUAAAACGGCCAUUCAACGGGUUUUCCCCUUGUAUUGAAACACUUCAUUCCACACUUUACUACCCGUUCUUUUUUGAUGGAGAACCCCAGUAGGUCGGGGUUUGAAAAGAGCAUACACUCCGUACCUGCUUUCACUUGUGGGAACCUUCUGCUGAAUUAGGGAUUUUGAAUCACUAGAGAUCUCUCUAAAUACUUCCUAACAUUGCAUUACUAGGGAUCUCUCUAGAUACUUCCUAACAUUGAAUAACUAGGGAUCUCUCAAGAUACUUCCUAACAUUGAAGCACAAGGGAUCCCUUUAGAUAAUUCCUAACAUUGAAGCACUAGGGAUCUCUCAAGAUAAUUCCUAACCUUGAAUCACAAGGGAUCUCUCAGGAUACUUCCUAACAUUGAAGCACAAGGGAUCCCUUUAGAUAAUUCCUAACAUUGAAGCACUAGGGAUCUCUC